AUGUCGCGGUUUUUGCAGCGAAGCAAAGCUGCAUUUGGUUCUCCGACGUCUUUCAACAAGGCCCUACAAACAACACGAGCUCAUGGGAAGGUGCGAUACAACAAAGACCUCCUUCCUAGUCCUCUGGAGGAUCGAAGAUGGAGAUGGCAGCAUUACUUCGCGUACUACCUUACUAUGACCUUUAGUCCCUCUUCAUACAACCUCGGUGCCUCUCUCGUAUCCACUGGCCUCCUCUGGUGGCAUGGUAUGAUCGCCGCUGUUAUCGGGUCUUUCAUUUUGACCAUUCUCGUGGUUCUGAACAGUCGCGGCGCGGUAAAGUACUUUAUCGGGUUUCCAGUUUAUGUUCGUGCAGCUGCGGGUGUGAGAGGUGCAAGCUUGUACAUUCUUGUACGAGCCAUUGUUGCCGUAAUUUACUUUGCGACACAGACGUACUAUGGAGGGCGCAUCACGACGGUCUUCAUGCGUGGUAUCUUCGGCAAUGGAUACAAUAACAUCACAAACCACCUUCCAGAGAGCGCGGGUAUAACCUCGAGGGACCUGUUGAGCUUUUUCCUAUUCUGGAUGGUUCAAAUGCCGAUCAUGUUCAUCCACCCUACUGUACUUCGACAUCUAUUUGUGGUUAAAGCAGUCUAUACGACUAUCUCGCUCUUCGGCGUGCUGGGAUGGGUGAUCUCUGCGAAUGGAGUCAAGAUUGGGGACUUUUCUUACACAACCGCGCAAACCCAGCUCUCCGGCUCAGAUCUGGUAUGGCCUAUGAUACAGGCCAUCAACUCUGUCAUGGGGGCCCUCGCGCCUGUGCUGAUCAAUCAGCCGGAUAUAGCACGUUACGGCCAUUCUUACAGUGAUGUAACUUGGAGUCAGGGUAUCGGCAUUCUGUUCAGCAAAGUUCUGGUCAUGUUUCUCAGUACGGCGACUACAGCGGCAGCAACCCAGGUACUCGGGAAAAGCUACUGGAACGUUCGGGAUCUUUACGGAGCCAUCCUAGAUCAAUAUUGGACGCCUGGUGCUCGCGCAGGAAUGGUUUUUGCUUCUUUUGGUAUGAUGUUGGCGGUGCUUGUCACCAACGCUGGCAGUAACUCGCUCCCUGUGGGCGCCGAUCUCACAGGCAUCUUCCCACGCUGGCUGACCAUCGUUCGAGGUCAAGUAUUGUGCGCCAUUCUGGCACCUCUGCUUGUUCCUUGGAAAAUCAUCGCCUCUGCAAAGUCCUUUCUGACCUUCCUGGGCUCCUACACGGUUUUCUUGAUGCCCAUCUGCGCAUGUAUGAUCAUCGACUACUGGCUUAUACGAAAGGGCAACUUUCAUGUGCCCUCGCUGUACAGCUCAUGGCCAGAAAGCCCCUACUCGUACUACAAAGGCUGGAAUCUCCGAAUGCUCACAGCGUGGGUGGCUGGGGUGGCUUUCACGGUCCAUGGUGUGGCUGGAUCAUUGAAUGCUAACUCUGUUGCCGAGGCUAGUAAGAACAUGUACAAGCUCGGGUUCUUGCUAUCGUUCUGCAUGGGCGGCGUAGUAUACUAUGUUUUAUGCCUUGUAUGGCCGGUACAGCUGUUACCGAGUGGCACAGAGAGGUACUUGUCGUUUGAGGACAUGGCCGCGCAUGAAGGUUUCUUUGACCACGAGAAUGUCGGGACGAUUACAGGUGUAUUGGAAGGCGAGGAAGUCAACGCGACGCAGCACUAUGUCGCGAAUGAUAAAGCGAGCGAGGUGUGA